GAAAGCUAAGGGAAAGUGCUGAAGAUGAUCCUUGAGCAGUUAGAAAGAAAAAAGGGAGAUGAUACAGAGGAGAGGGGUUUUAAAAAGAUAGAUGAUGAAGUUGUCAAUGAGAAUGUUGAGAGUGAAGACAUGGAAAAUAAAAACAUGGGGAAGGAUACUAUUUUGGAAGAAGAUGGCACUGACCAUGGAGAUGUGGGAAAAGAUGGGACUUCUAGACAUGAUGACAAUGAUCAGUUGUCUGAAACACAGUUCAGUGAUCAGUUCUUUGAACAAAUGGACAAAGAAGUGAAUGCUAUUUUGAAAGGCACAAUUGAAGGAAAUAUCUUUGAGAAGGAAGGUGGAUCUGAUAUGGAGCCCGCAGCUAAUGCGAAUUUCGAGAAAGUGCAGAUGGAUUCUACAAUUGAUGAACAAGGAAUCACUUUGCCUGAGGAGGGGAUGGAUAUAAAAGGGAAAUGUAUAGAUGUGGAUGUUGCAACUAAAGAGCUUGUUGAGCAUGUGAAAAUGGAUAUGAUAAUUGAUGCACAACCAAUAAGUGAAUACAAUGGAAAUGCUGAAAAUGAAGCCCCUUGUGUGCAGACACGUAAGAGUAAGAGGCAAACUAAAGCGCCCCAAAAGCUCUCACUAUCAGGGCGAAAGGUGCAAAACAAGACACAGAAAAUGAAGGAAGCUGUGAAGAGCAAGUUUGAAGUAACUCUGAGUCAAAUGGAAGUCGUGAUUGGACCAUUCANCUGCUAGUGUUAGCGGUGGAGUCCAAAAUAGUAUGGGUUUAUAAUUCAAAGGGAGGGAGAUCUCUUAAAGACAUUGCUGAAUAUAGCACUUGCAUCAAA